UUUACUCAAAAAGCAGUAGAGUCAAAGAGACCAAGCCUUGAUUUCUACAUAUAUCGUCCACGAAGUUUUUUUCCCCACUGUAACUUUGAACCAGAGCGGGAGAGCGAAAGAGAGAGAGAGAGAGAGAGAGAGAGAGAGAGAGAGAGAGAGAGAGAGAGAGAGAGAGAGAGAGAGACUGACUAGCCUUUCUGAGCGUGUGGGUGACAACCUUUAAUUUUAUCCUUUUGGCGCAACCAUUUGGUGGCAUUUCCUCAAAAUAAUACACCAAACAACAUUAUUCCGUAUGUACGUGAAUUUUUGGGCUUCCAGGGAAAUCCUUCAAACAGAACUGGCCUGUCUUUCGUGUUGGAUUACGGCAGGCAGUGACAAGUUUGAUUCAGGCUUUUGAAGUCUCAUAAUCGCGGCGUGCAGUCUGAUGUUUACCGGGACCUCCACAACACAGAGCUGCUGCAAUGUCAACUGGAGCAGGAACGAGACUAGAAGCCCGGGUGAGAAAGUUGGAGUUACUGAUCAAGGACCAACGAUCACCGUUGAAUUUGGAGAGUUUACUGGAUUCAGUAACUGCUCUGGCCCUUGAUUUGAACCAUCCCAUUCUGAGAAAGAACAAAAACAUAGAUGCCUUUUUAAACCGAUAUGAAAAGGAUGUGGGCCACCUCAGGGAAUUGCAGGUUAAAAUGGAGGAUUUUGACAGAGUCAAGCUGAUUGGUCGUGGAGCUUUUGGUGCAGUGCAGCUAGUACGACAUAAAGCCUCUCAGCAAGUGUAUGCCAUGAAGCAGCUCAGUAAGUUUGAGAUGGUCAAACGCUCCGACUCCGCCUUCUUUUGGGAGGAGCGUGACAUCAUGGCAUUCUCUAAGAGUCCUUGGAUAGUGCAGCUGUGCUGUGCGUUCCAAGAUGAGAAGCACCUCUAUUUGGUGAUGGAGUUCAUGCCUGGUGGAGACCUGGUGAGUCUGACCAGCAACUAUGACAUCCCAGAAGAGUGGGCUAGAUUCUACACAGCAGAAGUGGUGCUUGCACUGGACGCUAUCCAUUCUCUGGGCUUCAUCCAUAGAGACAUCAAACCAGACAACAUGCUGCUUGACCGCAACGGGCACCUUAAACUCGCUGACUUUGGAACAUGCAUGAAGAUGGACUCGACUGGUAUGGUCCGCUGUGACACUGCUGUCGGGACUCCUGAUUACAUUUCACCAGAGGUUCUGAUGUCACAAGGAGGGACUGGUUACUAUGGCCGUGAGUGUGACUGGUGGUCUGUGGGUGUUUUCAUAUAUGAGCUGCUAGUCGGUGACACGCCGUUUUAUGCCGAAUCCCUAGUGGGCACCUACGGAAAGAUCAUGGAUCAUAAAAACAGCUUAACUUUUCCAAAUGACAUUGAAAUGUCUAAGGAUGCCGAAGACCUCAUCUGUGCCUUUCUGACUGACAGGGAGGUGAGGCUUGGCCGGACUGGAGUGGAUGAAAUAAAAUGUCAUCCCUUCUUCAAGAAUGACCAGUGGACCUUUGAGACCAUACGAGACACCAUGGCUCCAGUGGUGCCAGAGCUAAGCAGUGAUAUUGACACCAGUAACUUUGAUGAUGAUAUAAAGGAUGAUCCAGGAGGCACCGAGACCUUCCCUCCUCCCCGUGCCUUUACUGGAAAUCAGCUUCCGUUUGUGGGCUUCACCUAUUUCAGGGAGGACCAGCUGUUAACCCACAACAAUAAUGGUUCAGAGAAAGAGUCUGAGAUCUGCGGUGAUAGUCUAAUAGAGGAGUGUGGUUUAAACCAAUCCGAGUCCAAUGAUCUACAAAGGAAGCUGAUUAAGUUGGAGGAAAAAAUUAAACAUGAGAUGCAGGCAAAGGAGGAACUGGAAAACAAAUGCCGGACAGCAAAUCAGCGACUAGAGAAGUUGUCCAAAGAGCUUGAAGAAGAAAUGAAUGCCAGACAGAAGGCGGAAGACUCUCUGAGGGCACUGGAGAGAGAUAAAGCUUUGCUAAAACACCAGCGCUCAGAGAGUAUAAGAAAGGCCAGUCUGGAGACAGACAGAAAGCGUGUUCUAGAGGAUGAGGUGAUUAGCCUGAAAGAGCAGCUAGCCGAGCUGAAGAAGAAGAACCAGAAUUCUCAUCUCUCCACUGAGAAGAACAUUCACCUCGAGAGGCAGUUGGAGGAUGUGAAUGCUAAGCUUCAGGCUGAGGUGGACGAGUCGGAGAGGCUGAAGAAGGCCCAGGGUGAGGCAUUGAGACAGUCCCAGCAGCUGGAGAUCUCCCUCAGGGAGCUUCAGGAGCGUCUAGCCAAGCUGGAGAGCAGCAGGCUAGGUCUGGAACAGGACAAACUGAGCCUACAAACCUCACUGGAGGUGGAGAAGCGAGAGAGAAAUCUCAGCUCUGAGAUCAUCAACGACCUACAGAGUCGUGUCUGUGGACUGGAGGAAGAGUUAAAGCACAUGAAGAAUUCUCUCUUAAAGACUGAAGCAGAGAAAAGACAGUUACAGGAGGAUCUUACUGCCCUGGAAAAGGAGAAGAGCAAGCAGGAGAUUGAUCUCUCCUUUAAACUGAAAGCUGUUCAGCAGAGUCUGGAGCAGGAAGAGGCGGCGCAUAAAGCCACUAAAGCCAGAUUGGCUGACAACAACAAAAUCAACCAGUCCAUCGAGGAGGCUAAGUCUGAGGCCCUCGAAGAUAUGGAAUGUAAACUGCUGGAUGAACGAUCCGCAAAGCAACAGUUGGAAAGCAGGCUGAUGCAGCUGGAGAAGGAAAACUCAGUAUUAGACUGUGAUUACAAACAAGCCAAACAUGAGCUUCUGGAACUCCGCUCACUCAAAGGAAAACUCACCGAGGAGGUGGAGUUGUUGAGUGUGCGGGUGCAGCAGGAGACUCAAAGGAAGACUCUUUGUCAGUCUGAUAUGAAAUUGCAGAGGCAAGAGAUUAGCAUCCUGCACUCCUCUGAGAAACAACUCAAACAAGAACUAAACCAUCUGUUGGAGCUGAAACUCAAUCUGGAAAAACACAAUCAGGAGCUGCGCAGGGAGAGAGAAGAAAUGGAUGUACAACUAAAAGAGUUGAAGGACCAGUUGGAGGCAGAGCAAUACUUCACAAAACUGUAUAAGACUCAGAUUAGAGAGCUGAAGGAGGAGAGCGAUGAAAAGACUAAACUCUACAAAGAUGCUCAGCAGAGACUGCAGGACCUGCAGGAAGAGAGGGACUCGUUAGCAGCACAGUUGGAGAAGUGUCUGACAAAGGUGGACUCUGAGCAGUUGGCGCGCUCCAUCGCUGAGGAGCAGUACUCCGACCUGGAGAAAGAAAAGAUCAUGAAGGAGCUGGAGAUCAAAGACAUGAUUGCCAGACAUCGGCAGGACCUCAGUGAGAAGGACAAUACAAUCAGCUUGCUGGAGGAGUCGAACCGCACACUAACUGCAGAUGUUGGCAACCUGGCCAGUGAGAAAGGGGAGCUCAACAAUCAUCUUAAACAUCUACAGCAAAAGUUGGAGAGGGCCAGAGAAGAAGAAAAACAGAUGAAUGCUUUGAAGCUGUCCUAUGAGAAGCAGAUCCAGUCUGAGAGAACCCUCAAGAUACAGGCUGUAAACAAGCUGGCAGAGGUUAUGAAGAAGACGGGUGACAGGCCUCGGCAAGGCAACUUCACUGACAUCCGCAGGAAGGAGAAAGAGAACAGACAACUGCAGUCGCAGCUACGCACUGAGAGAGAAAAACUCAACACUGCUUUGAUUAAAUACCAGAAAGAACUCAAUGAAAUGCAGGCUAUGAUUGCAGAAGAGUCUCAGGUGCGACUGGAGCUGCAGAUGGCUCUGGAUAGUAAAGACAGUGAUAUUGAGCGUCUGCGAUGUCAGCUCACCUCUCUUAGCAUCCACUCUCUGGACACCACCAGUAUCAGCAGUACUGGCAAUGACCUUGAGCUAGAUGACAAUUAUCCAGUCCGUAUCACACACUCUCACACCUCAGAGUCUAUGUCCUUCACGUACCAGCGAAGCUCCAAGUCAGUGUGUAUUGAUACCCGGCCGUGCCGGAUCACCCCUCUGUUCCCCUCUGACUCAGAGGAAGAGGAGGAUGAGGAGGACCAGUGUAGGCCAAGGCCUGCCCUCACAUAUGAGAGGCCCACUGACCAAAAGCCUGCAGAUGCUAGUCUAGAGGGAUGGCUCUCAAUGCCUACCAAGAACACCAAAAGAUUUGGCUGGGAAAAGAAGUAUGUGGUGGUAAGCAGCAAGAAGAUCUUGUUUUAUGAGUCAGAGCAGGACAGAGAGCAAUCCAGCCCCUUCAUGAUUCUAGACAUUGACAAACUCUUUCACGUAAGACCUGUCACUCAGACAGAUGUGUACCGCGCAGACCCCAGAGAAAUCCCACGCAUUUUCCAGGUACUAUAUGCUAAUGAGGGAGAGAGCAAGAAAGAUGAAGUUGCUGUGGAACCAUUAUCAGCAGCUGAAAGGUCGUCGUUUAUCCCACACAAAGGUCACGAGUUUGUGCACACGCUCUACCACUUUCCUUCCAGCUGCGAAGCCUGUCCAAGGCCUCUUUGGAAUGUCUUCAGGCCACCACCAGCCUUGGAGUGCAGGCGCUGCCGGGUCAAAUGCCAUAAAGAUCACAUAGAUCGAAAGGAAGAGGUCCUUGCUCCUUGCAGAGUAAAUUAUGACAUGUCUACGGCAAAAGAGCUGCUGCUGCUGGCCAACUCCACACAAGAGCAGCAGAAAUGGGUCAACCGCUUGCUCAAGCAGGUCCCGCGAAAACCUGUAGCCCACACCUCAAUUUUAGCUAUAUCUCCUUCCCACUCCGAGGGAUCUCCACCCGCACUGUCCCCUCAACCCUCUCCUCACCUGUCCACCCGUUCCUCCCCUAGGAUGUCCCACAGAGGAGCCAUCAAACUGCAUUCCAACCGACAGCAGCACUCACCCAAGACCAGCCCUGGCCCCAUGCUCCGUAUCAUUCUUCACUGACUCUUCUCCUUUGACCUUUCACCUUUCAUUGUUCAUAUGUGUGGACAUUAACCUUGGUAAAGUCUGGAUAGGUGAUAAUCCAUUUGAGAACCAUUACAUCACAGAAGAGAAUGACAUACUGUUCAUGUUGGAAAGAGCAGGACUUCCAAGAGCCUAACAAGUAUAAAUGACUGGGGGGCCUUAUAUUUAAUACUGCACGAGCCAUAUAUCACCUAAAGGGUGUAGUUUACAUUUUAAGUCAUUAGAGUGUUUUGUCUCCCUUGACAUCACAUUCUUUAUAGUCAUUUUUUAAAAGUAAAAACAGUUUAAUAAUUAGAGGUUAUUUUCUAUCUCUGUACAAGCUUGUCAGUAAGUGUAGGUGUCAUUGUAUGUGUUUGAAGCAGAACAUACAUACUGUGGCUCCACAAUUAUAUGAUAAUCAAGUAUUCUAUCUAUUUUUGUUUGAAAAAUAAAAUAUCUAAUGGCACAAAUAAUUUUUAUCAUGCAUUAUAUCAAAGAAUACUUUAUUCAGGAGCCUGGGUAGCUCAGCAAGUAAAGACACUGUCUACCAUACCUGGAGUCGCAAGUUCGAAUCCAGGGCAUGCUGAGUGAAUCCAGUCAGGCUUCCUAAGCAACCAAUUGGCCCGGUUGCGGGGGAGGGUAGAGUCACAUGGGGUAACCUCCUCAUGGUCACUAUAAUGUGGUUCUCACUCUCAGUGGGGCAUGUGGCGAGUUGUGCGUGGAUGCCAUGGAGAAUAGUGUGAGCCUCCACAGGCGUUAUGUCUCCACGGUAAUGUGCUCAACAAGCCACGUGAUAAGAUGUGUGGGUUGACAGUCUCAGAUGCGGAGGCAACUGAGAUUCGUCCUCCACCACCUGGAUUGAGGCGAGUCACUACACCACCUUGAGGACAUAGUGCAUUGGGAAUUGGGCAUUCCAUAUUGGGGAGAAAAUGGACACACACACACACACACAAAAGAAUACUUUAUUCAAAUAGCUUUUCAAAGAGCCAUUAGAAAGAUUAAUUAAUUAUGUUUGCCAGAAGUAUCUGCUCAAAAUAUAUGCAUUCAAGACAUAUUAUUGAUAUGACAUGAUGCAAAAAUGCAAUCCAUAUCACAUUUUAGCAUUUUAUUAUAUGCUGACACAAAUAAAAGACUGAUAUUUUUGCAUAGUGGAAUAAAAAGACCUCCAAACCAUUUUCUGUACUUUAUCUAAGCAGUACAAUGUACACAUAAUUGCCAUUGACAAACUGUUGAAACAUGUUGUGAAAUUGUUAAUAAAAGUUUUAUUUG